AAAAUAAAAAAUUUAAUAAAAUACGAUUUCAUAAUAAAUCUAGGCAACUAACUUUUUUGGUUUUUUUACUACUUUCAUGUACAACUCUUGCUCUGAAAAAACAAGAGACUGGCGUAACGAACGGCGCGGUGAGGGCGCCAAAAAUUGGGAGUCGUCCGUCUCGCAAAAUGAAAAAAAAGAAACUGGACAACCAGAAGAAGAUGUCGCAGAAGAUGUCUCGCGCGAAGAAUCGCCACCCCCUACCGUUUUGCGGCAGUGGAUAAACCGCCAGCAGCGCAAGGGACGGCGACGCCGACAAAAUUCACAAUUUGAUUUACGCAAUAUACUGAGCCGCCCGAAACAGGGCCGAGAAGCGGCCACGCAUGGUGAUAGUAUAAUCGUAAUAAAUCAGUACUACUACGAAUAAUAAAAGUACAAAGCAGACAUCACUCUUAAAACACGUCUCAUGUCAAAUGAAAAAACACGUAAAUACUAAUUGUGAUUUUUAUAAAUAAAUAAAAAUUUCGUUCAACUUCAGUUUGUUUCGUUAUAAGAAAUUUUUUCUCUCAAAUAGCUCUCAAAAAUACAUAAAGGAAAUAGGCCAACUUUUUUGUAUCGGUAAGCAACUCCCCCCGUUUGCAAACCAAGGAGCUUCGUUUACUUUGCACCAAUUUUGGUAU